AUCGAUCUAACAAGGAAGAAGCAAGCGACCACAAAGAAUUCAGUGGAUUUCCAAUCAAUUAAAAAUAAUCGAAUCGAGAUCGAGAGAGAAAGAGGCAGAGGCAGAGGCAGAGCAAUCAUGGCGCUCAUAUGGUUGGAAGCAAUGUUGCCGCUGGGCAUAAUAGCAGGGAUGCUCUGCGUUAUGGGAAACGCCCAAUAUUUCAUUCACAAAGCAGCUCAUGGCCGCCCAAAGCACAUUGGCAACGACGUCUGGGACGUGGCUAUGGAGAGACGUGACAAGAAAAUCAUGGAGAUGCUCUCUUCUCCUUCACCUUCCAACUAGUUUCGGUAAUUGAAUUUGAAUGGCUUGUACAAGGAAAUAAUGUGCAAGACCCAAUCAGUGGACUUAUUUAUGAACUCUUAUCUACUAGUCCUUUUUUUUUUUUUUUCUUUCUAUAUUUUUGUGGCCUGCACAAGAAAACAAGGAUGAUUAAGUUGUAUUUUGGUGAUGAUCAUGUGGGACUUGCCCGUGAAUUAGAUAUAUCUGCCUUUUCAUAUUCUGGUUGACAUUGUAUUUGAAUAAUCUGAUUUUUCUUGUGUUAAGCCGCCAAAAGUUAUUUCGGAUUUUUC